CACACACACACCCCAUUGAUCAAUAUUUGGCUGUCUUGCUGCAACUUGCUGCAGUCUUUUAAAGGAGUAGUAGAGAGAGAGGGAGAGAGAAAGGGAAACUGGCAGGAAGGGGUAAGGAGCUACACAUGUCACAUGUGCUUUCUAAGACGGCCAGGAGCAUCUGCAGGCUGGAUCUGGUGGAGGAUGCUGCGGCAGGUGAUACACAGAGGGCUCCAGUCGUUUUUCUACAAGCUGGGCUUAUUCGUGAGCAGGCAUCCGGUGUUUUUCCUCACUGUGCCCGCAGUCCUGACCAUCAUCUUCGGCUUCAGCCUGCUCAACCGCUUCCAGCCUGACACUGACCUGGAGAGCCUGGUAGCCCCCAGCCACAGCCUGGCCAAGAUCGAGAGGAGCUUAGCCAGCAGCCUUUUCUCCCUCGAUCAAUCCAAAAGCCAGCUGUAUUCGGACUUGCACACCCCGGGGAGGUAUGGCAGGGUGAUUCUCCUCUCCAAACCCGGAGGCAAUAUUUUGCAUCAGGCUGAUGUGAUCCUGCAGAUCCACCGAGCCGUGCUGGAAAUGAAGGUGAACUACAAAGGCUAUAAUUAUACUUUUUCCCAUCUGUGUGUGUUGAGAAAUCAGGAUAAGAAAUGCGUGCUGGAUGAUAUUAUUUCAGUGCUAGAGGAUCUGAGGCAGGCUGCCCUCUCCAAUAAGACAACAGCCAGGGUGCAAGUGAGCUAUCCCAACACUAAAUUAAAGGAUGGAAGGAGCAGUUUCAUUGGCCAUCAGCUCGGAGGGGUCAUGGAAGUGCCAAACAGCAAGGACCAGAGAGUCAAAUCAGCCAGAGCCAUCCAAAUCACUUACUACCUCCAAACGUAUGGCUCUGUCACCCAGGACCUCAUUGGGGAGAAGUGGGAGAGCGAAUUCUGUAAACUGAUGCACAAGAUCCAGCUGGAUCACCAGGAUCUGCAGCUCUACUCACUAGCCUCCUUUAGCCUCUGGAAGGACUUCCACCAGACCAGUCUCUUGGCCAGGGGCAAGAUUUUGGUGAGCCUGAUGCUGAUUCUCCUGACUGCUACCCUCUCGAGCUCCAUGAAGGACUGCCUGCGUAGCAAGCCUUUCCUGGGACUCCUGGGAGUACUCACUAUCUGUAUUUCCAGUGUCACUGCGGCAGGGAUAUUUUUCAUUACUGAUGGAAAAUAUAAUUCUACUCUGUUGGGAAUCCCUUUCUUCGCUAUGGGUCACGGAACCAAAGGCGUGUUUGAACUUCUUUCAGGAUGGCGUCGGACCAGAGAGAAUCUGCCAUUCAAGGACCGAGUAGCAGAUGCCUACUCAGAUGUCAUGGUGUCCUACACGAUGACAAGCUCCUUGUAUUUCAUAGCCUUUGGCAUGGGGGCAAGCCCUUUCACCAACAUCGAAGCUGUAAAAGUCUUCUGCCAGAACAUGUGCGUCUCCAUCCUGUUGAACUACUUCUACAUCUUCUCUUUCUUUGGCUCCUGCCUGGUCUUUGCUGGCCAGCUGGAGCAGAACCGGUACCACAGCAUCUUCUGCUGUAAAAUCCCCUCGGCAGAAUACCUGGACCGGAAACCUGUGUGGUUCCAGACCAUGAUGAAUGAUGGCCAUCAGCACACCUCCCACCACGAGACCAACCCGUACCAGCACCACUUUAUCCAGCAUUUCCUCCGAGAGCACUACAAUGAGUGGAUUACCAACAUCUAUGUCAAGCCAUUUGUGGUGAUACUGUAUCUCAUCUAUGCCUCUUUCUCCUUUAUGGGGUGCUUACAGAUUAAUGAUGGAGCCAAUAUCAUCAACCUUCUUGCCAGUGAGUCCCCAAGUGUCUCCUAUGCCCUCAUACAGCAAAAGUAUUUCAGCAACUACAGCCCCGUGAUAGGCUUCUACAUCUACGAACCUCUGGAGUACUGGAAUGGUACUGUGCAGGAAGACCUAAAAACACUCAGCCAGGGGUUCAACACCGUGUCCUGGAUUGAACAGUAUUACCAAUACCUUCGAGUGGGUAAUAUCAGUGCAACCAACAAAAGUGACUUUAUCAGCAUCCUCCAGAGCUCCUUUUUAAAAAAGCCAGAGUUCCAGCACUUCAAAAAUGACAUCAUUUUCUCCAAAGCUGGAGAUGAGAACAACAUAAUUGCUUCUCGUUUGUAUCUUGUGGCCAGGACUAGUGAAAACACACAGAGGGAAGCGGUGGAAUUGCUGGAGAAGCUGAGACCACUUUCUCUUAUACAGAGCAUCAAGUUCAUUGUGUUCAACCCUACCUUUGUCUUCAUGGACCACUAUGGUUUAUCAGUAACUAUGCCUGUCCUGAUUUCUGGUUUUGGCAUCCUGCUGGUGUUAAUACUCACCUUUUUCCUGGUUAUCCACCCUCUGGGAAAUUUCUGGUUAAUUCUCAGUGUCACCUCAAUAGAGCUGGGUGUCCUUGGUUUGAUGACCUUGUGGAAUGUAGACAUGGAUUGCAUUUCUAUACUGUGCCUUAUCUACACUUUGAAUUUUGCCAUAGAUCACUGUGCACCCCUGCUUUAUACAUUUGUAUUAGCUACUGAGCACACCCGAACUCAGUGUAUAAAGAACUCCCUCCAAGAGCAUGGGACAGCCAUUUUGCAGAACGUUUCUUCCUUCCUUAUCGGGUUGGUCCCCCUUCUCUUUGUGCCUUCAAACUUGACCUUCACACUGUUCAAAUGCUUGCUGCUUGCUGGCAGUUGCACACUUCUGCACUGUUUUGUUAUUUUGCCCGUCUUUCUAACAUUUUUCCCACCUUCCAAAAAGCACCACAAGAAAAAGAAACGGGCCAAAAGGAAGGAACGAGAAGAGAUCGAAUGCAUAGAGAUUCAGGAGAAUCCUGAUCAUGUUACAGCAGUCUGAAAGGCUUAGAAAAAUAUAAUAGUAUAUUCUCUUUUUAAAAAAGCAUUGCACAGAGA